AGCCGCCGUGUCGGCUCAGGUCCCUCGGCCGCCUUUGCCAGGAAGGAGGUGCUCCCCUCUGGGCACCCGCGUCGCACCCAUGGGGGUCAGCCGCAAGGGAAGAGCCCCCUUUCGAGCUCUGGGAUGGCGACAUCGUGGUCUGCACAUACCCGAAGUGCGGUACCACGUGGAUGCAGUACAUCGUUCUGUGUCUGCUGUACAACGGCGACGCGUCCCAGAUAGGUAACCUGGAUUUCGAGUCCCCGUUCAUCGAGUGGAUUGCGCUCGGCAAGGGCGACGACGAGAAGGGUAAAGACAAAGGCAAGGGAAAGGAUGGCGAGGGCAAGGACAAGAGCUUCCCUGGGUUCGACAAGGACAAGGACAAAGGCAAGGGAAAGGACAAGGACAAGGACAAAGACAAGGACAAAGACAAGGGCAAAGACAAGGACAAGAAGGGCAAGGAUAAGGACAAGGACAAGAAGGGCAAAGGGAAGGAUGACGGCAAAGGCGAGGACGAGUGGCCAAGGCCUCCCAACAGCGUCUUCAAGACCCACGUGCAGGCGGGCGAAUGCCUCUGGACGGGCGGAGUCGAACGUAUCGGGAAGAAGAAGGCCAAGGUGGUGAUCGUGUGCCGGAAUCCCAAGGACGCGCUCCUCUCGAUGUGGAAGCAGGAGAAGGUCAACUGCGAGUACGAGGGGGAGUUCAGCGAGUGGUUCGACAUGUUCCUGCAGGACUUCCCCGACCGCCACGGGCCGGGCCCCAAGUGCUUCUGGACGUGGUACGCGGACUGGUGGAAGGUCAAGGAGUCGAACGACGGAGUGUGCUGGGUCGUGUUCGAGGACCUGAAGCGCGACCUGAAGGGGCAGGUCCGCAAGGUGGCCGAGUUCCUUGCCGAGUGCGGAGUGGAGAUCACGGAGGAGCUGAUCGAUAAGGUGACCUUCGAGACGUCGUUCGAGCAGAUGAAGUCGAAGGAGGGCUCACAGCUGCAGUCGCUGCUGACCAAGGGGAAGGCCGGCGGCUGGCGAAACGAGAUCACCGGGGAUUUGCUUGAGAAGUUCGACAAGGUUCACGAACAAAAGAUGAAGGAGCUCGAUAUCCCCUUCUCGUUUGAUUUUGGCGAUGCCCAAUGAGUCGCGUCUCGAAGCGGCCAGACUUCGGACAUGCUUGCCCCCCGAUCGGAGGCUGGCCAUCCAGGUCCACGCUGCUGGCUGAGGAACUGUUUCUGAAGGUGUGCAUCCGACCGCUCUCGGUGCCAGCUCUCGUGCCAACCUGCUUUGAUUUCUUCCGCGGCGUAGUUAUCUGUAUCUCAGUAGUGGCAGUCGGCCCGCCCCGUCACCCUCUGGGUUUCGCGUCGGAGUCCUCGCGGAUAGCUCUUUAGAGGCCUUUUGGGGGGCCUCUUGGAGGCCUCUUGGGUGUACCCAGCUGCCCGCGGCAAGGCCCGCCAUCGUGCCAGCCCAGCGUUCUGGGUGGCGACUGUUCGAGGGGGGGCCCGAGGAUACUCCACCCAGCGCCCGCGGCACGCUGGUGGAUUAACCGUAUGUGUUUGCUCGUUUUGAGUCGGGAGCAUGCCAAUCGCGUAUUCGCCGCCGUGGCGUAAGACCACGUUCGGCUUGGCGCGGUCAGCGUUCUCUUUUCCUGCCCUGGCCGCCAAGAGGAAGCGGCGACAGCACUGCCGCACUUUCUCUCGAGCUUUCCGAAAGCUUGUGCCUCAUUCUCCUUGCUCUCCACCCUGUUUCCUUCUCCUUCGUUCCUCUUCCUCCGCCUCGUCCUUGGUGGGCUGCCUCAGCUCCUGCACAUCUUUGUCGUGC